AUUUCCCUAAUUAAAUGGAAGAAUAUUUAGAGAAACGUCUAUUUGUCUAUAGAAAAAGCUUUAAUUAUUAUUCGCAAAUAAGUAUUUUAUUAUUGAUUUUAAAAUUAUUUUUUAGUGUAUCCGGAAUAAGCGGCUACUUAUACUUACCAUUAUGUUUUAUAUCUUUGUUCUCUGGCAUAGCAGAGAUAUUUGAACGAUCUAUUAGACAGAAUGAGAGAUUAACUGAAUACAGGGUGUGUUAUAAAUUUUAUAAACAAAUGUUAGAUCUUAAUAAAGCUCAGAAAUUAAACAAUCAAGAAAUAUAUUUGAGAGAAAAAGAAUUUAUUGAGAAUAUUCAGUUCUUUCCCAGAGAAAAAUAUUUAAAGCAAGCUGAAAUUAAUGGAUACAAUUAUAUUUAAUAUGUUGUAUUUUUUAAUCUUCUUUCUAAUUCAGCUAGUUGUCUUUUCGUUACUAAAUCAUAAUCGUCUACUGCAUCAAGAGCUUUUACAAUUCUAC